CAAAUAUCAUAUGGAAAUAAUCCAAAGAACAGAAAAUCACAUUGAUAUCGAGUCUAAAUGUCAGGGUUGACUAAUUUGUUUCAUGCAUGCAGAGCUAGUAAACAUGUCUGGUGUUGAGAACUUAUAUAUAACAGGUUACACCUGUCACCUGACUGUAUGCCUAUAAUCUGCCAGAGUUGUCUGACAGCUCACAAGAAGAGUCUGAGCUCAGAGGGUGAGGACCGCUCUUUGGAAUACUACUCUAUACAGGAUACAGCUUCUUUAUUUAUUUAUUUAUUUCCCUCCAGAUAAUUUUACAACUGAAAGAUUUUUAAUACAAGGUAACGCACUGAGGCAUGGCUUGUUAUCUUAAAUUAAUAUUUUGGAUCCUUUUUUUUUUCUUUCUUUCUUAAGUGACUUAUUUAUAGGACUCGACUGUAUUAAACACCGACUCAUGCUGGGUUUCAGAAGUUUAGUUUUAAUUUGUCCGUGUGUUGCUUGCAGUGGAAUGCUACUUUGGAAUAUUAUUUCAUCCAUUUUUAUGGCCAAAGUUUGUCAAACUCGAAGGCAGCUGCAACAACAAGGACAACAACAGCAAAGAAUCCCCGUCGAAAAAACCUGAGGUAUCUGGAGAAGUCAUUCCCGAAAAAUCCAUUGAACAAAACAAGCGUGACUGGUCCACUCAGUGAAAAAAGAACAACAUGGUUGGAAUCAAGCCAACAGAUGUAGCUCCCACAGCCACUAUCAAGUUCUUCGGUGCUGGAACAGCAGGCUGCAUUGCUGACUUGGUGACCUUUCCCCUGGACACAGCCAAAGUCAGGCUCCAGAUCCAGGGCGAGUCUAAACUUGCUGAAGGAGCAGCAGGGGUGAAAUAUCGGGGUGUGUUUGGUACCAUCACCACCAUGGUGCGCACGGAGGGGCCGCGGAGUCUCUACAACGGGCUUGUGGCUGGACUGCAGCGCCAGAUGAGCUUCGCUUCGGUCCGCAUCGGCCUGUAUGACUCUAUGAAGCAGUUCUACACUCGAGGAUCUGAAAAUGCAGGCAUUGUGAGUCGGUUACUAGCGGGCUGCACUACCGGGGCCAUGGCUGUGGCGUUUGCGCAGCCCACAGAUGUCGUAAAAGUACGCUUCCAGGCCCAAACGCGUCUAGCUGAUGGAGAAAAGCGUUACAAAGGCACCAUGGACGCCUACAAGACCAUCGCUCGUGACGAAGGCAUCAAAGGCCUGUGGAAAGGUUGCAUACCGAAUAUCACAAGAAACGCUAUUGUGAACUGUGCUGAGCUGGUAACCUAUGACAUCAUCAAAGAGCUUAUAUUAAAAUACAAUCUCAUGACAGAUAACUUGCCAUGCCACUUCACGGCUGCGCUCGGAGCUGGUUUCUGCACCACCAUCGUAGCCUCUCCGGUGGACGUGGUGAAGACCCGCUUCAUGAACUCCACUGCAAGCCAGUACAACAGUGCCAUUAACUGUGCCCUCACUAUGCUGACCAAGGAAGGACCGACUGCCUUUUACAAAGGGUUCAUGCCCUCGUUCCUUCGCCUGGGAUCCUGGAACAUUGUGAUGUUUGUCUCCUAUGAACAAAUAAAGAGAGCCAUGACGAGAGUGCAGCAAUCCUGGGAGGCACCGUUUUAAACGGUUCGUUUCGAGACGACAAAACAAAGACAGAUAUAAAAGACAGACUAAUCUCCAUCACGUCCUGUGAAUUCUAUCACUAUGAGCUAGACAAUGUUUCCUGUAUGAUGGUGGGAGAAGACCACUUCCAGUAUGGUUUUAUCUUGGAAGUGAACUGAGAUGUAAAAGGCCAGAGGUCGUGAUGACUGAUCUUGGAAAAACGGUUGCUUUUUGUUGUAGGACCUCGCACUCUAUACGAAAGUGCAUGAGAUGAUCCUGUGGACGAGGUCAAAUACAGUUUGGCACUAUCAACACUUUCCAAGCAAGACAGCACAUUUUCCUUAUAGAGCUUGCAUACUGUAUCUUUUUGUCUUCUUUAUAGAACUUGCACAUCUUUUUUUUUGUCUUGUUUGAAUAUUUGUCUGCCUAGAUUUUCAGGAAAAUGAAGUUUACUGAGAUGUUUACAGAUAUUUUUAUUUGUAUUUUUUACAAACGCUACACACUUUGGGUCCAUAGAUAGUGGAUUGUAUGUAACUAGAUGUAUGUUACAGACAGAUUUGCUCCACAUAUAACAAUUGUCAUGAUAUUUUUAUACAAUGUGCAUUCCUGUUAAUAAAAUGGAUCAUGUAAAUGUA